CAACAUUUAGCCUGACUGAGGAGUUAAACGGCGCGCAGCAGCACAUCUGCUCCAUCCAGGCAUUAAUCCUGUUGUGAUAGCCAUGUUCUCAAAGCAGCUGUGGCCUCUGGCCUUUGGAAAAAUGUCCUUUGUGGUUUUCAUCCUGACUUCUGCCCUCUCAGUGACUCCCCUGCCGUCUGACAUAGACAAGGGACGGAGAAAGGUGGUGCACGUGCUCGAGGAUGACACUGGUGCGGUGAUUGUGCAGACAGCUCCUGGUAAAGUGGUGACACAUCGCGGGGGCUCCAUCACUCUGCCCUGCAGAUUCCACCAUGAGCCGGAGAACACCGAUCCUGCUCGCAUUCGGAUUAAAUGGACCAAAGUGACUGAUGCACUGCAGUUUGAGGAUGUCUUUGUGGCACUUGGAAGCCAGCAGCGUGUGUUUGGAUCGUACAAAGGCCGUGUGUUUUUGGAGCAGGCAGGCCCAGGCGACGCCUCAGUGAUCAUCCAAAAUGUCACACUGGAGGACUACGGACGCUUUGAGUGCGAAGUCACUAAUGACAUGGAAGACGAUACAGGAUUUGUCAACCUCGACCUAGAAGGAGUGGUCUUUCCCUACUACCCCCGUGAGGGGCGCUAUAAGCUCAACUACCACGAGGGGGAGGAUGCCUGCAAACAGCAGGACGCCAUUCUGGCUUCUCACUCUCAACUGCACAAGGCCUGGCUGGAAGGACUAGACUGGUGUAAUGCUGGAUGGCUGGAGGACGGCUCAGUCCAGUACCCUAUCUCUCAUCCCAGAGACCAGUGCGGCCGCAAGGACACCCCCGCUGGCGUCCGUAACUAUGGCUACAGGCACAAAGAGGAUGAGCGCUACGAUGCUUUCUGUUUUACUUCCAAGCUCAAUGGCAAAGUGUACUUCCUCAAACGCUUCAAGAAGGUGAACUAUGCGGAGGCGGUGAAGGCUUGCAUUCGAGAUGGCUCAGCUGUGGCCAAAGUGGGUCAGCUGUACGCUGCAUGGAAGUUCCAGCUCCUGGACCGCUGUGAAGCCGGCUGGCUGGAGGAUGGCAGCAUCCGUUACCCCAUAGUCAACCCCCGUUCUCGCUGUGGAGGUUCCCAGCCAGGCGUCCGACACCUGGGAUUCCCUGAUAAAAAAUUCCGCCUCUAUGGGGUCUACUGUUUCCGCAGAAACGAGGAUGAAACAGCAGGUGGUACUGAAACGACAAAAAGCCCCACAAAUAGUAUGACAAGGAGAAAGAGCAGCCGCAGCAUCCCUGUGAAUGCUUCCAGUGUGAUUUAAAGUUUAGAGAUACAGAGCAAGAGGGGGGGGGAUGCAAUUUAAAUUUGACAGUAACAACUGUCGCCUAGCAGCCGACUCCAUUCAUCGCUUUUAAAGUAAAACACUUACAGACAAGAUGUACUCAUUUGCAGAUUUGCCAGAGAGAAGAAGCGAGGCUGUAUAAAAUUAAGGGUGACAUCUUUAUUAGGGUGAUGUUCCUUCCAUCUCCAGUCAGUCAAUCAUCUUAAGGAGUAUGUUAGCACUUCUGAAAACUGUGAGGUUAAACAAGAGCUUGAUCAUUACUCAGGCACACAUCAGAUCAGAUGCAAUGAAUAUCCUUGUUUACGUGUGUGUGUGUGUGUGUGUGUGUGUGUGUGUGUGUGUGUGUGUGUGUGUGUGUGUUUGUGUGUAUCAUAUCUCUGCCCCCUGCUGUGGCCCCUGAGCUCUGAGCUCCAUUCUGAGCCAGAAUCCCAGUGCCAGGGUGAAAAGAUCCAUUACUGUGUGAGACGGGAUGAUCUACCCGACUGUACUUUUCGUUUAAUUGCCUGUAUCCGGGUGCCAUUUGGUUAGCAACACUCUGGCACAAUGCGAGUCAUUUUUCUCAUUAACUAAGACUUGGCAAUAUCAUCAUCAGAGCUGCACAAGUAGUGAAUAUUGCACUAGCUCUAAAAAGAUUUCCACUUUAAAUACAUAGAGCUUUAUUUUGUGAUAGCAUCUUAGCUUAGACUGAAGCAAGCAUGUAUUGAUUGGCUUGAAGAGUAGUUGCUGAGGCUGAACAAGCAGAAAUACAAAGCUACAAUAAUUGCUAUUUCCCGUAAGCUACCUGGGCCACCAGUUGCACUAUAAAUGUUACAAGCAGCAACCUUUAUUACAGAGUAUGUUUGCCACUAUACAGAAUGGAUGAAUGUUCUGGGAAAAAAAAAUAAAAGUCUUGAAAUUG